GACGUCCAUGGAAGGUCCGUGGUCGAGAGUGGACUGCGUGCGCCUCGACGCGGUGUGAAGCUUCAAGGCGAUCGGGGUCGCGGCUCGCGGGGCAGUCUCGGCACGCGACGAAGCUUCAACGACCUCGAAGAAGAAAUUGAUGGUCGAUCGGAAAUCGCAACUGUCUCCAAUUAUGAUGUCUGCCAAUUUUCGGCAGAAGACGAGUUCAGUGCGAGAGAUUAUGGGGGGCGGACAUCCGUGGACGCGACGACUUUGCGUUAGGGGAGCAUCGGGGUGUUCGAAGAUUUCUUUGGUAUGGAGCGGAGGCACAUGUCACCGAGGAGACGAGUGAUUUUGCUGCGGGGGAAGUCGUUUUUUUUCUUGUCGUCGCAAAUGAUGUAGAUAGUUCUAGGUCAUCACGAUCUAUCGGCGGAGAUGGCGGAUGAUUUAGAAAGAGGAUUGGGAAAUGGGAAUCAAAAGAAGGUUUCGGUGAAGCUGAGCGACAUGAAACCGGGCCGACCGAGUUUAGGGUUGGAGAGAAGAAGUUCCCGCAACCCCGACGACCCCAGCAGCAGCAGUUCCCGCAGAAGGUCGAGCCGCAGCUCGAGCCCUCCGAUCGUCGACAGUGCCAGACCCAGUCUUUCGGUUUUCAGGUUCAAGCAGGCGCUUUCGAAUUCCGGCAUCGGCCAGACAGUCACCCGCACCCCGAGCAGAGGAGGCUCAGACUUUCGACCCACCAACGCCAGUCCCUCUGCAACGUCGAGCGCAGAAGGUCCAAUCGCAAGCACGGCUUCUGCUGCCUCUCCAAAUCGGGGCAUUCAGUUGCUGCUGGAGGCUGCAUCGACCUCGACUCCCGAGUUCAUCGCGAAGAGGAGGCAGUCAGAGAGUGCGUCGACGUCCACACCUCAGUCCAAGAGGAGAAGGCCCAGCUCUCUGGGAGCAGUGCCGCCUCCGCCUCCGCCUCCGGGCAGAAGACCUGGCGUGGGGACUGAGGACGGAGGGUCCGUGGUCCUGUCCUGGACGAAUUUGAAGGUCACCUCACGGGAUGGAAAGAAGUUGCUUCUGGACAAUCUGAAUGGUCAGGUCCAUGCUGGUUUCACUGCCAUCAUGGGGCCUAGCGGCUCAGGGAAGUCCACUCUGCUCAACACACUGGCCUGUAGAAUGGACAAGUCUGCCUCAGUAACGGGCCAAAUUCGACUGAAUGGGAAAGAGUACACGAGCACAGACCUGAAGAAGAUGUCAGGCUACGUGAUGCAAGACGACUUGCUGAAUGCCCACUUGACGGUGGAGGAGACACUUCUGUACACUGUGAAAUUGAAACUGGAACCGACUUAUACCGAGGCGCAACUGCUGGAGAGGGUCAGUGAAGUAAUCAAGCAGAUGGGCCUGGAGCAUUGUAAGAAGACUGUGAUUGGAAGCGCAUUGAGGAGGGGGAUCAGUGGGGGUGAAAGAAAGCGAGUUGCUGUUGGCAUGGAGCUUCUCACGAGACCUCAACUCCUGUUUUUGGAUGAACCCACGUCAGGACUGGAUAGUGUUACAGCAUUGUCUCUUUGCUCGUUACUCAGGAAAAUCGCCGAGGAACGACAAUGCACUGUUGUUUGCACUAUCCAUCAGCCCCAAGCCAAAAUCUUCAACCUCUUUCAGUCUUUGAUCAUUCUUAAAGCGGGAAAGCUGAUUUAUCAAGGUUCUGCGUCAGGAGUACUCAAGUUCUUUGAGGAUUCAGGGUUUCCUUGCCCAGAAUUCACAAAUCCUGCUGAUCAUCUGCUCGAUGUGAUAACACCAGCCCUGAGUUCUGACAAGCCCAUGAUGCAAGCUAAUGAGGAUAAGCUUCGGUCACACUUUGUUGCAAGUCCUGUGGAUCUAGACGAAGGAGCUGAAUAUCCGCUGCAGCUGAAUCGAGAACGGAUGCCAUGGCACCGACAAUACUUGGUGCUUUUGAAUCGUGGCCUAAAGGAGCAGGUUCGUAGAAAGAAUGUAGUUAUCACCCAGGUGGUUCAGAGUAUAGUAACAGCAAUAUUGAUCGGUGGGGUGUUUUUCCAAAUUGGAGAUGGCCAGAAAUCCACGGUGCGUCGCCAACCUGUGCUAUUUUUCUGCGUCAUCAACCAAGGAGUUUUCGGUGCUCUCACAGUCAUCAAUUCGUUCCCGAGCGAGAGGGUCCUCAUUCUCCGAGAAAGAGCUGCCGGCAUGUACUACUCUUCAGCAUACUACGUUGCUAAGAUUACGGCCGAGCUGACGUUUCAGGUGUUGUCUCCGAUUGUUUUCUCGUGCGUAGUGUACUGGAUGGUGGGUUUCCAAAACAAGGCCCGCAAGUUUUUCCUCUUCAUGUUUUUCAUGAUCCUGUGUCAAUUAUCUGCAACAUCCCUCGCGCUCAUGACUUCUGCGAUUUGUCGCACCACGGACCUCUCGGUCACCGUGCUGCCAAUGUUGCUGGAGAUAAACCGUUUGUUCGGGGGCUUCUUCCUGGCUCCUGCCAGCCUUCCCAAGUACUUUGUUUGGCUGGAUGCUCUGAGCUACGUCAAGUAUUGUUAUAUUGCCAUCUCGCAGAAUGAACUGCACGAUCUGAAACUCACUUGCAAGACUUCUGAGCUUGACUCCAAAGGCAAAUGCCCGAUUCAGUCCGGUUCGCAGACGAUUAAGACCCUGGGGCUGGACUAUAUUACCAUCGCUGAGUGUGCUGCCAUACUCAUCCUGUACAUUAUUGCCACACGAUUCUUCGCUUACCUCGGGAUCCGUUACAUCAAACAUUAGACCCUCGACCGAAAAUCUCCAUAAUUGUAUAUAAUUGGCUUACAAUCACUUCAACACGAAAGCAUGAUAUCAUGUUC